CAACGAUACAAUCCGCCAUCUUGUAACUUUUUCAGUAGCAACUAGCAAGUUUUUUGGCGCGGUUGUGGCAGCCGGUGAAUUAUUUAAAGAAAACUAAGAAUAUGCUUUAUUCACCACUAAUAUAUUGUUAAAAGAUUGAAUAUUUUUCAACUAAUUUAAAAUUUCUAAUUUUCUUUUAUAUAAAAUUAGUAAAAAUAUAAGAUAAAGAUAGAAAUAGGCAUAUUGUAAAAAGAUAACCUCAAAAAUGACGAGUGAACAAAACGCACAAGGAACAUUCGUUUCCGAGAAAAUUUCCAAAAUCAGGUGGCAACAUGAACCUUUUUCAGAAACAAAAACAUUUUUAACAGGCAGUUGGGACAAUCCGUAUAAUAAAAUCACGUACUGGACAUUCCAAACCAACGAGGAUGACGAAUCUUAUCCAGUUGUUGUAACGUCCUUUUCAGUCUGUGGAGAUGUUACAGAGCUUCAGUUUAUAAGCAAGGACUUUUUCGUUGCUUCAUCGUCCGAAGGUACUGUAAAAAUCCUCCAAAUUCAAAGUGAUCCAUACUCGCAGUUCAAGGAACACAUAACUUGGAAAAAUAUACAUCGUUUCUCUACGGAAGAGACUGCACCUUGUACUGCUUUUUCGACUUUUGAGCAGGACAUAGUUUCAGUUGGAGAGGAUGGCAGAAUAAAUUUGCUCACCGCUCAGCAAAAGGAAGUAGUGAGGACGAUUGAUAACGCAGAUAGUUGUUCAUUGUGUUCUGUUGACUUUUUGAGACACAACGAAAUCCUGACGGGAAACAAUCGAGGUCACAUGAAAAUCUGGGAUCUUAGAAACGACCAACAAAAACCCGUUUCUUUCAUGCUCUCAGAUCAAACGACGAUGAUGCCGAUUCUCACUGGCUAAAUUCAUUCGGCGGCAAAGGAAAAGUAUCUGUUUGCGCAAGUGUCCACAAACCCAUAAAUAGUAUCGAUAUCAGCAAAUCCACUUUGUUAUUUGGCUGCGACAAUGAAGCCUUGUACACUGUUAGAAACGUAGCUUUAUAAUAAUAAUAAUAAUAAUAAUAAUAAUUGUGUUUAUAAAAAAUAAAAAUUUUCGUACAUUUGCUUUCCAAACAGAAACAGAAAGCGUGCGUUGUAAUUACUUUAUUGGAAUGAAAUGAUACAGUGAAAUAAAACCUCAUUCACAAUAA